AUGAUGAUAGGAAUAAAACCUGACUCUCCAACAAGAGCAAAGCAGCUUCAGACUCUCGGUACCGCCUACAGGAAGCGCUACGACAAGACAAACUCCCUUGUUGAUUUGAAUAAAUCUGUUAAGUACCUUGAAGAAGCUCUGGGGGCUUCUUCAGUAGAUGAGUCCGACUACUCUGAUCGUCUCCAAGACCUUGGCCUUGGAUACGUAGAGAGAUACCAAAAGCAAUCCGAAUUGGCAGAUCUAUACCAGGCACUUCAACAUUUUCAUGAAACUUUGGAAUUAUCCCCUCAAGGUCACUCUGAUCGUGGAAGCCGAUUACAAAACCUUGGGAAUGCGCUAUAUCUUCGAUUUCUUGUUGAGGAGAAACCGGAAGACCUUGACUACGCUGUGCAGCUACUUGAGGAAAGCAUUGGAAUCAAGACUACUAACUCUCGUAGAGCCCGUCAACUCAAUGCUCUUGCACUCAUUUUGGAUGAGAGAUAUGCUACAGGGGGGGAUAAUAGAGAUGUUGAAAGAAGCCUUAUCCUCCUUCAAGAAGCUGCAGAUAUAACACCAUCAGAUUCUGUAGAGAGAGCAAUCGCGCUUCACAACAUUGGAAGUCGUUAUUCGGAUCUAUAUCAGACAACUGGGGCCGCAAUAGAUCUUGAGAAAUCCAUGGAAUUUUGCCAUCAGGCACUAGAAAUCACGCAAACGGACGACAAAAAUCAUGCAACCUUUCUCAAAGCUCUAGAUGACAGCCAUAUGUUGAAAUUCGAAGAUCAAGGGAAACAAGACGAUCUGGAGCAGGGAUUGAAGCACCUUCAAAGCGCAGUAGAGUCAGCUUUGGAUGGCAGCGCAGCUUGGCUCAGCGCGCUACAAAGUCUGGCUCAUGCACACGUUACCCGUGAUCAAAAUUUCAGGGCAAUUUAUGAUUUAGAAGUCGCAAUUCAACACUGUGGCAAGGGCCUAAACUCCUCCGUUGGUGUUGGAAAGAGAUUACAAGCUGAUCUUUCAAUGAAUAUGGGUGGCUGUUACUUCCAGAAAUACGGAAGGAGCAAAGACUUACAAGAUCUGGAAGAGUCUAUACGGCUGUUCGAAGCGGCUCUAAGCCUGACACCACCGGAUCACCCUGAUCGCCCCCAGAAUCUCUCAAACUUAAGUGCUGCACAUUCGGAAAGAUUUGUGCGAAACAAAUGUGCUGAAGAUAUAGAUCGGUCCAUUGUACUAGGUAGGGAAGCGAUCGAUCUAACACCAAGAGGCCAUCGUGACUAUGCGCAGCAAUGUCACAACCUUGGCUCCACGAUACAAGACAGAUACAGAAUUUUUGGCUCGGAAGCGGAUUUAAAGGAGUUUAUUCAACUUUUCCAGGACUCCGUCGAUGCGACUCCGGCCUAUCGUCCAGAACGGGCAGACCGUCUUCAGCGGCUGGCCCUAGCUUAUGGUGAAGCCCACGGGCAGACAGGAGCCACAGCAGAUUUAAAAAAGGCAAUUAAAGUAUCUCGGGAGGCGCUGGAUCAUCAGAGCUCUCCGAUACGGUAUCGCAUGCGUCCUGGGGUGAGCUUGUUGGGUGCGCUAGCCGCGAUGAAGCGAUGGGAAGAGGCGUACCUGGUCGCGCACAUGACUGUUCACCUUGUUCCUCAACUCACACCUCGCUUCCUUGAGAACCUGGACAAACAGUAUUUGCUAGGUACUGCCGGCCAGCUAUCCUGUGACGCUGCAGCCGUAGCAUUGAAUGCUGGGAGGUCACCCUUUGAGGCGAUAGAGUUGCUCGAGACGGGCCGCGGGGUCAUUUCUGGGUCGCUUAGCGAGAUUCGCUGUGAUAUAUCAGACCUUCGUGGGAAGUAUCCCGAACAUGCAGAUCAAUUUGUGCUGCUCCGAGACCAAAUCGACUCUUCCCGAGUCUCUGCUGCCUCGUCUGCCAGUACACGAUACGAUGCGGCCCAAAAGUUUGAGCAGCUCCUUCAGGACAUUCGGGCCUUGCCUAGUCAAGAACAUUUUCUUCUGGCCCCAUCAGAGGAAGAGUUGAAAAUUGCUGCGGAUCAGGGUCCUAUCGUGAUGAUCAACGUAAGCAAAUUUAGAUGUGAUGCGUUGAUCAUCAAGCGCAACCAGAUGAAGAGUCUACCACUACCUGAUCUCUGCAGCAAUGACAUCCAGACUCGCGCAAAUUCUAACUUGGCCGAUAAUGAUAUACUUGAGUGGCUCUGGGAUACCAUAGCUAGGCCCGUCCUUGAGGAGUUAGAAUACAACAAACCUCCUACUACGAGCAAUUGGCCUCGUAUUUGGUGGGUGCUUUCGGGGCUACUGACUAAGUUCCCCCUUCAUGCAGCAGGCUGCCACUUCCCCAACGGCUCAGAUUCAGUCCUCGAUAGAGCUAUAUCAUCCUACAGUGUUUCAUUAAAGGCACUCAUUCUUGCCAGGAAGACCUCGACCAAUAAAAUCAACAUGACUGGCCAAGAAAAGAUCGUGCUUGUGCCUAUGCAGAAUACGCCCCUCCAGGGCAACCUUAAUUUUGUCAAGACUGAGACCGACCGAGUAGCUAGCCUUUGUCAAGAAACCCUGCGGGUCGACAAGCCUCGGCCGUAUCGAGACGAUGUUCUUUCGGCGUUGCGCCACUGCGAGGUAUUCCAUUUCGCCGGACAUGGGCAGACAGAUAUAGUGGAUCCAUCAAAAAGCUGUCUACCCCUGACAGACUGGCGAGAUGAUCCUUUAACAGUGGCUCAUCUUCUUGAGACAGAUUUAUCCUCACGCAAACCGUUUCUUGCUUACCUUUCAGCGUGUGGUACCGGAAGGAUGAAGGGGAACACACUUGUUAAUGAAGGCCUCCACUUGAUAAGCGCAUGCCAAAUCGCUGGAUUUCAACAUGUCAUCGGUACAUUAUGGGAGGUAAACGACAGUCUAUGCGUUGAUGUAGCUGUCAAAGUGUAUGAAUGGAUGCUCAGCAAAGGUAUGACAAACGUGUCGGCUAGCGAAGGUCUUCAUCACGCAACUCGACAACUUCGAAAGCGAUGGGUAGUAGAAAAUGCCGCAAGAGGCGCAGUGAAUCUAGGUAUGAUGAGGAAAAUUGAUGCAAAUUGGAAGGACAGUCCAGAAUACGGGGGAUCCAGGGACGCCGAAAGAUGUGAUGAACUUAGCCCGGCAGAUUGGGUUCCAUACGUCCAUUUUGGGUUAUAA